UCUGGUCUCUUGGACUUGUACUGGACUCCGCAACGACAUUGUUAGUUAUUAGAAGGGCCGGUGCCGCCCUCCAGGCGGGACAGCCUGGUUUGCGCCGACGCGCCAAGCUAAAGUCCAACACUCCUUCAGCGAUCGUCCAACAUCAUGUCGGGCGGCGCGCCUCAGGUCGCGCGGUGUGAGGACUACGACAGCGAGGUAAGCACCGAGAAGCCCGGUACGAAAAAGGAAGCGCGAAGGAAGUCAACGAGCACGACACGGCCAAAGACACGAGUCAGCGGCACGCAUACGGCAAAACCGGCGCUCACGGUUCAGACACCCGCCUCGAAGCCGACGGUCACGGAGCGCACUGCGAGGUCCAAACCGGUGUUACAUCGCAGCGACAGUCAACGGAGCAAGGAGAAGGAUGCUGCCAGGUCUAGCUCGCGGCCUGAACUCAGGAUGCCAUGUGCAGACUUGGUGUGCCAACAUGACGAGUGUCACAGGGUGCGGUCGUCGCAGCGUCGUCACAGCAUGUCACAACCAUACGCCUUCUCCGGCCAACAGCAGCAGCAGCAUCAGCAGCCUAUGAUGCCUCCCCCUCCUCCUCAACACAGCUACCCGCAAUACCCGCCUGAUAUGGCGCAGUGGGCUCGCGUGUUGUCUUCGUUCACUCCGCCGAUGCAGCGUCCACCGACCCCCAUGGCUGGACCUCACAUGUAUCCAAGGCAAGUCCCUGUCGCAAGGUCGCGACCGACCAGUUUUCAUGGGCAUCCAUAUGCGAGCGUCAACGGGAUGCAACAGCCUCCGCCCGCUGCGUCGGCGUAUCAAAAUAUCCAAUAUGCCAACACAGUCCCCUUUUAUCAGCAUCAACAACCACGUCAAUAUCAGCAGGAUUUCCAGUACACGACCGCGCCGCCGUACGCCCCCCGUGUCGCGUAUCAUUCGCCUUCUCCGACCAUGCCUUCAUACCCGACUCACUAUCAGUACCCUCAACCUUCUCCAACCACGCCCUCUCCCACGUCUGCAACGUUCGGAGGCCACUCAGCGUACCCGAGCGGUUGGCCCUCAGCACCAACUCAGCCAGCCCCGGUCGUGAUUAUGCAGCCGGCGCCGGCUCCACGGCGCAGGUACUCCGGUCGGCAGCAAACGCUCCGACAUCCCACAAUCCCCGGCGCAUACCCCAGAGACGAAUCAGAAGAUUCGGAAGCCUUCUCGGACUCUUCGGAAUACGAUUACGAGGAAGAAGCACGCGAAAGAAAGCACCGGCAUCGCGAUGCACAAGAAGGCAAACACAUGCGCUCCUCCAGGGGACGACCAUCGCUCAGACGCCAGUACGCCUCCGCGCCUGCAGCACCGACCCGAGAGAGGAGAGACUCCCACGACUCCGGCACGCGGCGCAAUCACCGCCCCGACCCCAAAGAUAACUACCCGCCCCUGACAGAGUCGGACAGAACUGUCCGCGCUACCAGCACUCGCUCACGUACCCUCUUUACCGACUCCACACUUAGCAGUCGCCGUCCCUCCGUCUCUACGAAUGCCUCAUCGGGGAAAACAAAAGCCACCACCGUCUCCGGCGGGUCUGGCGCCGUACACGUGAUUGUAGAGCGCAACGGCAGGCCCUCCACCUACCUGUCCCGAGAAAAGCAGCAGUAUCUCGAAUCGACCGGACGAUCGAGAAGAGCACAAGACGAUCGUCACCAACAGCUUCUAGAAGAAGCAGAAGCCUACCAGGACGCCCGACGCGGACCCCAGCCCGAGGGCCUAACGGCUUUGAACAUCAGAGACCAACCCCAACAACAGCACUCGCGCUCCCAACCCUCCCAACACCAACGCCACCGAAGCACCAGAAGCCACACGACUACCCAUUCCCACACUUCCUCCCGCACCAACGGGCAAGCAGGCGAAGGCACCCGAAUCGAAAUCACGGGUUCCAUGCUGAAUCUCAUCCCGGGCGGGGUGAUUACUGUGGGCAUGCGGGCUGGAGACGACGGGCAACAGACGUGGGUUCUUGGGAGCGGCGAGGAGGGGUGCGCAGGAGUGGUGGGAGUCAUGACGCUGCGUCUUUGGGGACGUCGUUCCGGGAAAGCGAGACGCUACGCGGCGAAGAGCAGGACUUGGGAGGAAGGAAGUGAGAUGUUGAGGGGAUGGCGUGGUUUGAUUGGGAUGCGGCUCUCUACGGUACGCUUCACAGCUGGCGCCAUCUGUUUUUGCACGACGACGACGAAAAUAUGCAUCGAUACCCCGGUCCGCAUUUGACGACUUUGACGAACGUUUACGACGGCGAUGGCUUUUCCCCUUCAAUACCCACUUUGCUUGCUGCAUAUCAUCCUGGGAAGAAGCUCACUAUGAGCGGAUGCGAAUGCGACACCCUAUCAUUGAGCUACCUCGUGGAUAUUUUCGUUCAGCGGGUUUGCUCUGGGACGGCACGAGUGGCAUGAGAUGGUUUAACGA